AUGGCUGUUGCAAUAGGUAGAGCUUUCGCUAUUCAGCCAUGUUUCUCUUCCUCCUUGUGCUCCUUGUCUGAGAACAUAAAUAAGUCAUCAUUCGCAGCAUAUACGUUUUUGCCUGCCAAACCUAGAAACAUUCGUUGCACACCAGUUGUGGUUCAUGCCCAACAGCGACCCACAUGGCUUCCUGGACUUGACCCUCCACCUUAUCUUGAUGGAACUUUGGCUGGAGAUUUUGGGUUCGACCCACUUGGCCUCGGAGAGGACCCGGAAAGCCUGAAGUGGUAUGUGCAGGCAGAGUUGGUCCAUGCUCGCUUUGCCAUGGCUGGAGUUGCAGGAAUUCUUUUCACAGAUUUACUACGCGUGACAGGGAUUACCAAAUUGCCAGUUUGGUAUGAAGCAGGUGCUGUGAAAUUCGAAUUUGCAAGCACAAGGACUUUGAUUAUUGUCCAAUUGCUCUUGAUGGGAUUUGUUGAGACAAAAAGGUACAUGGAUUUCAUUAGUCCUGGAUCUCAAGCAAAGGAAGGAUCUUUCUUUGGAUUGGAAUCUGCACUAGAAGGCUUGGAACCCGGCUAUCCUGGAGGUCCUCUGCUAAACCCUCUUGGCCUGGCUAGAGAUAUCAAAAAUGCCCACGACUGGAAGCUUAAAGAGAUUAAAAAUGGACGGCUUGCUAUGGUAGCCAUGCUGGGCAUUUUUGUGCAAGCUGCAAUAACUCAUACAGGUCCAAUUGAUAACCUCGUAGAGCACCUCUCUAACCCGUGGCACAAAACUAUCGUUCAAACCCUAGCUAACUUUAGUUCCUAUUCGAAAUAG